AUGGAGCCCUUAAGCUCUAGUCAGUUCCUUCGUGGCUGCUCGGCUCACCAUAGAUUCAAUUAUGGCGAGUUCUAUACCAUUGUGGACGAUGAUUCAUUCGCGAGCAUCGAGAGCUUGUAUGGUGUUACAUUUGCUGAGCUGUACGAAUGGAAUCCGGCUAUUGGGUCGGAUUGUAAGAGUUUGUGGAUGUAUAUGAGCUUCAAUGUGGGACAUUAG